AUGCCAAUAGAUCAGGACAGCCUGGUAAACUCCUGCCUGAGUUACUAUGCCAGGGAUGGAAAGCACCUUGUAACUUCUUGCAGCAAAUAUAACUGUGCUAAGUACUUUGUGCCGCUGAGCGACGCUAAAUUUCAAGACUAUCUCGAUAGCCGCAAGAGAUCCAUCAAACUUAUGUGCAGAUCUUCAGAGUUCAAUCAAGACAAGACAACACUGAUCGUAACUAAUAAUCCCCUUCCUGACCUGAAUUCCAGUCACAGAAAGGACACCCCCAUGAAGUUUUUCUGCAAAGAGCACUUAGGAAGGGGGAUCGAUGCCAGGAGUCAGCUUCAUUUACCCCCACUGAAGACACAACAGAACCAGCUGACUGGACCAGGUGCAUGUUUUGCUGAGGGAAAUGUUGGGAAAUCACUCCAGUUCAGCAGGUUUUCCACAGACACUGAUUUCAAGACUGAAGGACAGUUUUCCAAAAGCUGUGCUGAGAGGCGAUUGCUAAAGCUGUACCCCCGUCUCCACUUUCAAGCUUUCCCUAGACUAGAUACAAAGGAAGUGCAAUCCCUUCCAAGAAAGAACAGCAAGCCCACAAGAGAAACAAGCUGCCAGUGGGAACCAUUAACUCUUUCCUCUCUUUUUGAAGCAAAGCCCAUUGUCAAAGUACCAGGGGAAAACAGCUUCAAGUAUGGGAAAGUCUCAAAGUGGGUAGUAAGCAGUUCUUUUGUAGAUAGUUCCAAAUAA